AUGGGGGCAAUUCAAUUUAUUGAGAACCUGGAUAGGACGUCCCUGACAGUCUCAGACGAAGAAUUCGAGAAGAGAGUAGAGGAAGCAGUCUCAGUCAUCACCGAGCGUCAUCAGCAAGCAUCUGUGCCGAAUACGCUAACUUUCCAGCCCACAAAUCAUGUCCAGAUCUCCGAAAAAGGCACGAUCAGCCAGCCUCAAGUAGCUAGAAAUUCCAUUGAGGCAGAAAGCCGGUCGCCAAGAGUUUCUGGCAACAGCAACUUGGCUGGCAAUGGCCAACCAGUCGAAGAGAAAAACCCCAUGAAUGGACUUCUAAAAACGAUCCAACGCCCACUCUCGAGCUUAGGAAAGAUUUUGACUGAUGAGUCUUCUAAUAAAGUCAACCCCAAGCCCCAAGCCCCACCACAACCACCACGUCGGCUUUCGCCUGCAAUGUUCCAACCACCCCGUCAUAGUGAAGAGCACGAGCGGCCGAGUCCGCAGUUUUCAGCGGCUGAGCAGACGAGCCUGAGCCAGUCAAAAACUCUAAGGGCAGAGGAUGCAGCUGCUCGACAAGCCAGUGCUGAAGCAGCUGAGGCGCAGCGAAUACAACAGGCAGAGCACAAUAACGUGGUUGAGUAA